AUGGCGGCUGAGCAAAUUUCGCACGGAGUUCCCCCUUCCCUGUCUGCCAAAGUGGUCGGGUAUGUUAACUGCUGAUUUUACAACUGUGCCAAGUUGGCCAUCAAAGCAAUUCACAACAAUGCUGGACUUUAACACCAUAUACAGGAAAGAGUAGUCGCGUUCAUUUCAGUGACAGCAGUACCAUUUGCUAAUAGACGUUCUUACGUUGGCGUUAACAUGCGUGCAUGAACGCGUAGGGUGUCAAAUAAGUAACUCAUCAGACAUCGCAAGUUAUUUUACCAGAUUUUACUGAUGUAGUCACCAUCCCUGCGAGCUAAGCAUUUACAUCACAUUCUGUGGGUUAAUCAGCUGAUUAGCUUAGCAGUGCAUGCUCCUGCUUCAGUAUCAAGAUGUACAGGUAAAGUCUUAAUGGUCAAAUAAUUUAUUUUACAGGUCAUUUGCUUAUUUGACAGUCAGAGACAGAUUGCCGACCAUCCUCACAAGAGUCAUCGACACAAUUCAUCGCAACAAAAACAAGUUUUUUGAACAAUUCGGAGAGGUAAUAAUUUGUUACGAGGCUCGUUUAAAAGUUCUUGUUUUGUCUUGCUUUUAAUUCUCAUGCUUUACGCAGUCAGGUAUCCAGGCUGAGAAGCAAGCAAUAUCCCUGCUGUCCAAGUUGAGGAAUGAGUUGCAAACCGAUAAACCGGUGCUGGCCCUGACAGAUGGUCUGCAAGACACAGAGUCCUGGAACCAGUACCUCCAGAGACAUCAAAAUAUGCAAGGGGACCAGGAGGCUGUCAGCUGGUUCAAGUCUCCAUGGCUUUAUGUGGAGUGCUACAUGUAUCGCAGGAUACAAGAGGCAAUAUGGCUCAAGUAAGUGGUAUCGGAGUAAUAUAAUCAAUCAAUUAAACAUUACUUAUAAAACACUUUUCAUUCCAAAAAAAUUAGUAAAUGUUCUGUCCAUGUUAGUAGGAUAUGGAAUAAAAAUACAAAACCCCACCCAUCCUCCCAAUCCACAUUCAACACCUACAACGAUAUCACACACACACACACACACACACACACACACACACACACACACACACAAAACAGGUGAGGACUCUUCAAAUUGCCACAGAUGACUGAGUAACUAAUAAUGCUGUUAUUACAUCAAGCCUGCAAUGGCAUAAGACCUUGCUUUUAAUCCACUGAUAGACAAACCUUGAAAAUGAUAUAAAAUGCCUUUUGAUUACACCUACAUCCAAUACUUAUACACAUUUCUGCAUCAUUGUGUGCUUGAACAUCAAUUCAUAACUAAUAAUGUUAAAGUAAUGGUUUGUGUAAGUCACUACACAAAAACAAAAGUCCAAUUAAAGUCCAUUGUGUGUAAACAAAUAUGUUAGUGAGUAAAUGUCUUUCCAGGAAGUCUACUGAAAGUUAGCUUAUAAUAACAAUAUUAAUGCAUCAGAUUUUUAAUAGCGCUUUAUCAGAGACCCUCAAAGCACUCUACAUUGGAUACAUCAUUCAUUAUUCAUUAUGGCCCCUUGUGACGUGGAUGAAUGAUGGAUUAAUAAGCUCUAAGAACACCAACUUUUGUUUGCACUAUUCAUAAAGUCUACUGAUUUGUAGUCAAGGCACAGAUCCUUGUUGCGUCUCAUUGUUUUGCUGUAUUAGUAAACUCCCUCAAUAGAAGGAGAUGGAGGCAAUUAUCAUUAAUUAUAUCAGAGUGUGCACUGAAAUAGGCUUCAGGACGGCUAAUGUCAGUGGAAGAACAUGAAAUCACAGACAGAUUAGAGUGAUAUCUGCUCAUCACUAUGAAAUAUUAUAAAUUAAACUUUAAUACAUCUCUUAGUUAAGUUUUCUUCAACUCACCCAGCUGUACCUUCAACUCAGUGCUGUAGAAUUAGAUUUCAUUAUUGUCAUUACCCUUUAAAGCAGGUGUUUAUACAACAUUUUCUUCUGUUAUGAUUCUCCACUUAUGAUUAUUUCAUUUCUUUCUCUAAUUUUAGUCCUCCCAUCUGUGACUAUGAUGUCUUCAAUGAAGGGAAGGCACAGAGCUAUUUUGAGUCUCAACAGGCAGUGAUGGCUUUGUGUACAUACUUGGAGGAGGUCAACAAGAACAUGGAGGAAACCUCCAAGAAUCAGCUGUCUGAGCAUUUUAACAAACUGCUUAAGGUAAUUGUCCCCAAUACAUAAAAUCACACAUUAUGAAAUAAUGUAAAAUAUUUAUUGUAAAUACAUUGCACAUGUCUGUGUACAUCAUGUGUUUUGCUUUAUGUUUUGUUUUAAAGCAUUUUAUCAUAUUUUUUAAAAAUAGGUGAUUGCAUGCUUUGUAUAGUGGAGUUGCAUGGUAAAAAUGGACACUGCUAUUAUUAACAAACCUUUGACAAGAUGGGCCAAGACAUAAGGUUGUUACCUCACUUUUCAUAGGUUUCUCUUUGGGGAAACAAGUGUGAUCUGUCCAUCUCAGCUGGCCAAGAGAACUCCCAAAAGACCAGUCCAAUAGAUUCCCUCAACAGUUUGCAGACCUUCAUCUUGGUAGAUGACUCAAACGUGGUAUGGUCCACUCUUAAUUCCAUAGAGGAACCAGGACAGCAGGAGAAAAGUACUUCUGGAAGAGUGGACUUUGUUCUAGACAAUGCUGGCUUUGAGUUAGUCACUGACUUGAUUUUCGCAGAUUUCCUGGUUUCUUCUGGCCUUGCCUGUGAAGUCCGUUUUCAUGGCAAAUGCUUUCCGUGGUUUGUCUCAGAUGUCACAGCUCAGGAUUUUCAGUGGACCAUCCGCCAGACCAUGACAGCCAAUCACAAGUGGAUGUCUAAGAGUGGUGUCCAGUGGCAGAAGUACAUGAAGGAGGGUGUGUGGUCCUAUCAUGACCAUCCUUUCUGGACUCUUCCACAUGAGUUCUGUGACAUGUCAACUGACGCUCCUGACCUGUAUGCCACCCUGAUGGAGGCAAACCUGCUGCUGUUCAAAGGUGAUCUCAAUUACAGAAAGCUAACCGGAGACAGACAUUGGGAUCACACAGUGGGUUUUGAUACUUCACUACGAGGUUUUGGGCCCGCUCCGCUAUGCAGCCUGAGAACUCUUAAGGCCAAUGUUCAGGUCGGUCUGCAGCCAGGUCAAGGGGAGAAGCUUACCUCUCAAGAUCCAGACUGGAUGACUAGUGGCAAGUAUGCUGUCAUUCAGUUCUACAGCCCAAAAUCUGUACAGACCUAA